AUGAGCGACAAGCUAUCGAUCCUCUGCUUCGGCAACUCCCUGACAGCGGGAUACUACCACUACGGCCUGGAAUAUCAUCCCUAUGCCGGCAAGUUGAAAGAAAAGCUCCAGGCGGCCUUUCCUUCCACCAAAUUCACAGUCGACGUGGAAGGACUCCCAGGAGAUCGGGUCAUUAGCCCCGGCGGCGCUUUCUUACCUCGCAUGCAGACGAAAUUCUCAAAGUAUAACUAUGACUGGGUGAUUGUCCUCGGGGGUACAAACGACCUCGGUUAUGGGUUUCAGCCCGACACGAUCUACCCUGCCUUACAAGCAACGUGGCAGGUACCUCUAGAGAAAGACGCAAAUGUGCUCGCCAUGACGAUUCCUGAGUGUGCGCUUGUGAGCAAGCCGCUGAAUGCAAGACGCAAUGCCGUCAACGCGUCCAUACUGGCUCAUCAGGCGGAGAGGUUUAAGAUCCGCUACCAUGGUACCAGCGAAGAAUGGCAGGAGAAGAUUUGGGAUGACGGACUGCAUUUGACGGCGGAGGGUUAUGACUUUAUGGGAGAAAUGAUAGCAGAGCGUCUGAUAGAACUGAUCAAGGCGAAGAAGAUUGAAGGAUAG